CCGCGGGAUCCGCGGGCUCUGCGCUAGCUGGCCGCGUAGCGGACAUGGCGGGCUCCCACGUCCCGCGGCAGCUUUUCCUCCAGGGCGUGGCCGCGGUCUUCAUGUUUGCCUUCGCUUCCCUCUACACGCAGAUCCCGGGCCUGUAUGGACCAGAGGGCAUCCUACCUGCACGGAGGACGCUGCGACCUCAGGGCAAGGGGCGCUGGCAGCAGCUGUGGGAGACACCAACUCUCUUAUGGGAGGCACCGAGGCUGGGGCUGGACACAGCCCAGGGCCUGGAGCUACUAACCCUGCUGGGCACAGUGCUGGCCCUAGGUGCCCUGCUCCUGCGCCCUCUGCGCCACCCUCUCAUCUACCUGCUGCUUUGGGCUGCCUACCUGUCAGCUUGCCAGGUGGGCCAGGUGUUCCUUUAUUUCCAGUGGGAUUCCUUGCUGCUGGAGACAGGAUUCCUGGCUGUGCUGGUGGCGCCCCUCAAGCAGCCCCUCAACCACAAGCAGCCUCCCCAGGGCAGACUGUCAGGGGCCUCACUCCAUGAAGGCCUCCCCUUCUGGCUUGUGCGCUGGCUGCUAUUUCGCCUCAUGUUCGCCUCUGGUGUGGUCAAGCUGACCAGCCGCUGCCCCACAUGGUGGGGGCUCACUGCCCUCACCUACCACUAUGAGACACAGUGCUUGCCCACACCAGCCGCCUGGCUCGCUCACCACCUGCCGGUCUGGCUACACAAGCUCAGUGUGGUGGCCACCUUCCUCAUCGAGAUUGCAGUGCCCCCUCUGUUCUUCGCCCCCAUUCGCCGCCUGCGUUUGGCUGCCUUCUACACUCAGGUGCUUUUGCAAGUCCUGAUUAUUAUCACCGGCAACUAUAACUUCUUCAACCUGCUGACUUUGGUACUCACCACUUCCCUCCUGGAUGACCAUCACCUGUCCGCUGGGCCUGACCUCAGCCGCCACAAGAGGAUGUCUACCUCCUGGCCCAAGGCCCUUCUGGCUGCAUUGUCCCUGCUGCUGGAACUGGCUGUCUAUGGGCUGCUGGCCUACGGCACUGUGCACUACUUUGGCCUGGAGGUUGACUGGCAGAAGUACACGAUCCAAUCCAGAACCACCUUCACCUUCCACCAGUUCUCCCAGUGGCUGAAGACAGUGACUCUGCCCACUGUGUGGCUAGGAAUGGCUUCCCUGGCCUGGGAGCUGCUGACCACCCUCUGGAGGUGGAUCCAGGUGCAAGGAUGGCUACAGAAGCUCACUGCUGCAGUCCAACUUUCUGUUUUGGGUGUUACCACAGUGGCCUUGUUCUUGAUCAGCCUGGUGCCCUACUCUUAUGUGGAGGCUGGGACCCAUGGGCAUCUCUGGACCGGGGCCCACCGCCUGUUCAGUGCUGUGGAGCACCUGCAGCUGGCCAACUCAUAUGGCCUCUUCCGCCGAAUGACUGGAGUUGGUGGGCGGCCUGAAGUGGUGCUGGAGGGCAGCUACGAUGGACAUCACUGGACAGAGAUCGAGUUCAUGUACAAGCCUGGGAAUGUGAGCCGACCACCCCCCAUCCUGGUUCCCCACCAGCCACGCCUUGACUGGCAGAUGUGGUUUGCAGCCCUGGGCCCCCACACACAUAGCCCCUGGUUCACCAGCCUGGUGUUUCGCCUACUGCAGGGCAAGGAGCCAGUGAUCCGCCUGGUUCAGAAUCAUGUCGCCAGUUACCCAUUUCACAAGCAGCCGCCCACCUACAUCCGGGCCCAGCGCUACAAGUACUGGUUCUCACAGCCUGGGGAGAAGGGGUGGUGGCACCGCCAGUGGGUGGAGGAAUUUUUCCCACCUGUGUCUCUGGGUGACCCAAAGCUGGAGAUGCUGCUCAGGCAGUUUGGGCUUCAGGACAAGAGUCCACCCCGGGCCCACAGCCCCAGAAGAGCCCUGGCCCAGGCCCUCCACUGGGUGCGGACACAGCUAUCUCCCCUGGAGCCUCCCACCUUGCUCUGGGGACUUCUGGGGGCUGUGGGAGCUGUCAGAAUUGUGCAGGCCCUAAUGACCCCCUGGUCAUUCCAGUCCUCACUUCUGGCCCGAGGAGAAAAGCACAAGUCUGCCCCCAAGAAGGAUUCUGGAACUGCCUCUGAGCAGGCUGACCCAGCUCCAAACAGCAAUAGCAGCGGCACCCGGGCCACCCGGAGGAAAAAGUAGCUGCAUGUGCUAUUAGCCACAUGUCCCAAGAAGAUCAGGUCCCUAGAGCUCUGACUCUGACCAGCAGCAGGACAUAGCUCAGUUACUGUGCCUUAGCCAAUCCUGCCAGGGCAAACACAGGUUGGGGUGCUGCCCACUAAAGAUUGCUGAGUACUACCUUGAGGGCCCACUCAUCUCCCCAUGACAACCACAUCCCUCCCCAAUCACCCCCCACUGCCUCACCAUUUGGCCCAGAAGUGGGCAUGUGACAGCCUCUCAGGUCCUUCCUAGGACAUCAUAUUCAGCAUGGGAGCCCUGCCUCUAUUACCAGCUUGUAGAAGACUGGGUCUAGAGCCCCCACCCCAGCCCCAGUAUGGAGGGGCUGGACUCACUGGGGAGAGGAGCAGGGAAGGUGGUCACUCACAAUGGCAGCUCCUCACAUGCCUGUCCAUCCUCCAGUCCUGCCCUUCAGACCUGUUCUUCAGACCCAUGCACCAAUAAAGGCAUCCUUUGUGCAUGGCUUUAUAUUGGUGCUUCCUUCCUGCUAGGGAGGCCUGAGGACAGUGGGCACAGCCCAAAUGCUUGUUACUGACCUAGCUUAAUGGGGAACCUCCUUGUCCCUCCUCAGUAUUCUCUAUGAAAUGGACAAGAGGGUCUGGCCACAGGAACCUUAGGGCAGCACAGCUUGGUGGACUUGUCACACUAGGGCUGUGAGGCCAUUGGUGUAAGGUGGGGACAGAUCCAGACAAGGGCCAGAGAACUUGCCAGAACCCAGCCCUUUCCCCUCUCCUCUCCACUUCCUGGUCUUAAGAGAGGACAGAAGGAUCAGAGUGUGCAGGGAUGAAGGAGAAACAAAGCAGGAAGGAGAAGAAGAGGACAAAGGUUGGUAGGUCAGUGGAGGUCCUAGGUCUCAGGCAGAAGAGGGAAGGUGGGUCUUGCCACCUCCAGCCGCAUCCUGGAAGGAAGACAGGAGUGGCAUGGUAAUUGGCAUAUACCAUCCAGGUCUCCACUUGGGGUCAGGUUGUCAGGUCACCCACCACCCUCCCUGGGACCUUACAGCACAGCUUUUCCAUCCUUGCUUUAUCCACACCCCCACCCAAUGUUCUUGCCCACAGACCCCCUUGACAGCCCUCAUAUCACCAACCUCCCCUCCAAGACCAUACAGACGGCUGGCUCCCAACUCCACCAGAGCCUAAAAUCUGAGCUUCCAGGUGCCUUCAAGGGACUCUUGCACAUAGAAUAAACAAACUAGAAGCUGGCUUUGUCUUAAAAAAUGAGUAAUGUAUUUGAAAUGUAAAAACCUGUUCUUUAUCUAAGGCUUUUAAGCCCAGUUUGUGAAUCUCCAUUGGGUUUUCUGUGACAGCUUCCUUGAUAAUUCUCAUGCUAUACAA